AUACACACGCACCUAAGCCACCCACGCAUGCAUUCACGUUGUGAUUAUUGCUCGUAGCGCUGCUGCGCUCGCUAUACGCCUAUAGUCAUAAUGAUCAUUCGUGCUCGUAUUGCGGGUUAGAAAUCUGGAGACUGCUUUAAUAUCGACUUGCUCCAUUCAGUGUUUACAUGCCAUCUCAAAACCAGGCGCCUCUGUACAUCCAUUCCUCAAUGGCAUACAGGCAAGCGACGGUAUUCCUGUUCUAAAGAUGGAGCUUUACUUGGAUGCAUAGAAGCUAUCACAAUGAACGAUGAACAUUAGACCCUCUGACAUUCCUCGCUCCCGCAGUCGAUCACAGGUAUCAUACGGGCUGCCUCGCUCCCGGGUAGGUGACUCCAGUCUUCUCGAGGAGCAGGGUACAACCGACAUCAGAAAGGCCAAUCCUUCUGCCUUUGGAUACGCUUCUUGUCCGAACCUCUUUCACGUCCAAGACCGAGCCAAGUCACCCACCAUGCACAACAGGCUGCAUCUAUCCGUGUCCCUCAGCGAUGAACAGCAGUCAUCCCAAGCAGAGUUCUACAGUCGCCAUGGACAGUCGCAGAGGGCGUCCCCCACGUUAUCGGACAAGGGGAUCGUGAGCCCGGUGAUGAUCCAUUUCACGACGCGCAGGAUGCGCAAGAAAUCAUCUACCUCCAGCUGCAGGUCGCUUUCAGAGAACGACAACAUUUCAUGCGAUGGGGAGGAAGUGGACCCAAGCAAAAUCAUCCCUGAAAUCAAAAUAGACAAAACUCUUUACAAGGACCAAAACGUGACAGAGAUUCUGGACUUCCUUUACAUGGGAGAUCUUGAGGCAGCGAAUCGAGAGCCUCUGCUGUGUCGCCUCAACAUCGAAUACAUCAUAGACUUGAGUAAUCUAUCCGGUGAGCAAGUUAAGCGGACUAUUCGCCUCAAGGACUGCCCGUGCCUUUGUGCCUCUACCAUGAAGCACACCCGCAUUCGCCUCAACCUACAUCUUGAUGAGACCGUCGGAGACGGCAUCAGCCACUACUUUGAUGAAGUCAAUCGAUUCAUAGAGGGCGCUCGUAAGUCGAACCGCCGGGUGCUGAUAUACUGCGUAACAGGACUCAUCCUGGCGCCGACUAUCACUACCCAGUAUAUGAUCCAGGUUAUGGGCAUGACACUCAAACAGGCACAUGGCCAUAUCACCAAGAUCAAACCGGAAGUGACUUUCCGAGAAGGAUUCCAGAGGGCGCUCAUCAGACUGGAGCAAAACCUGAGACCCAAGGCUGCACUUCCGGCUGUGUUUGACAGGAUCGGGAGGAGGGAAGCGCAGCAACUUCACGCGCAUACCCAACAAGCUUGGAUAUAACCGCUGCCUGUAGUAUGUGUGUAUGGUAUUAUAUUUAUUUCUUACUGCAGAGUGGCGUAAAAGUGAUCUCCUGCUAACCACAAGGGAUUAAUUAGCGUCACCUAAAACCGAACCAACAGCAUAAGCAUGAAAUUUACCUUUGCUUCAGGCAAAAAAACUAAGAGAAAAUGUCGUGUGAAACAAAAACUACCCGAAUGGACAUAAUUAAUUUUCUGAGUUUUCUGAGUUAUUUACGCGUUACCAGAUUUGGGGAAUGUGAUUGUGGGGAUGAUUAUCUACUACAAAAUACAAUGUUUUGAGUGAAUAAUGUUAAAAUAAAAAAGAGACAUGCCAUGUCUUUAGCAUCUUUCAGGGCGUCCUUUAAGAAUUAUAACAUGUCGCCCUGUUUAGGUUGCACUCAUCUUUCGAUUGCCUUUGAUUUUCGCCUUGUGUUAUGAAUGUGCUGUAUUAUUGUUUCACAAAUUGUUUUUACACCCACUUUGUUAUUUAUAAGUUAUUUUCUUCUUCCAAUUUUUCAAUUUCUUGAAUUCUUCUCAUCGAGCCUUUUCAUUAUUUUGUUCUCUAUCCCUCAAUCCUUUUCUUUGUUUUUCUAUCACUGUUUACCUAUUAACUCUCCCGUUCUAAUCUCCCUUCUAUCAUCUUAUUUUUUCCUACUUUUUCUUAAAUAUCUCGCCAAAUCAAAUAGCGGACAAGCAUAUUAGGUACUCAUUUACACCUGGGUGGAAAGUGGGAAAUUUAGAUGAAUGUGUAAUCUCCUGGAUUUUUUGUAGAAAGUGCAUUGGAUUCGAGAAUUGAAACGUCUACGACUGAAUGUGUUAAUACAGUUUUUAAAACAAAACAAUGGUGAAGCUACAGUGUACAAGGUGAGCUGGAAUGGUGUACUGUAAUUGGGGGGGGGGGGGGGUGCCCCCAAUUAAAUGACGAAGAACAAAGCAGGACAGGAAGGGUACAAAAUAAGGAGAGAUAAUAGGUGAAAAAGAAAUAUCGGCAAAUUCUCAGAAGACCAAAAUUCUUACUACUUCCGACUAUAUGAACGCAGAAACCUCCACAAUGUCGUCAUACUAUAGUACCAAAGCAACAAUGUAUAUAUAUUUGUAUAAUCAUUUAUUUUAUGGAGGACAAUUUCUUUAUCUGACAUGGAACAAAACUAUACAACAGAUUAAAAUUAUGCAAAUUAAUCAAAUUGUGUAAAAUAUACAUUUUAAAACGAUCAGUUUGCAGAUAUUAAACUAUUCAAUGUAAACAUGUAUUUAUGUGAUUGUAUGGCUGUAUAAAAUUACUUUUCCAAAAAUUGUAAUCACAAUGUUUUGUAAAGGUUUUUGCCAACCCCAUUUAUUACUAUCGGACAGAAUUCAUUUCUUAUCUGUCUGCAUUAAAUGUUUAUUGGAGAUUUUUGUUCAGUUUAUAAAUUUGUCUCAAGUUUAGAGAAAUCGAACAUACGAAGAAAAACAAAAUCGCACAACGAAUUCAUUUGUUUAUGUACUUUGUGUAGAAAUACGUUACAAGAGUUGUGUGUACAUUAGGUCUAAAAUAGGCCUUCAAUUUUCUAUUCAUCAUCGGAUAUGAAUACUAUAUUUACCAUUACUGUAAUUGCAAAUUUGUUUCAGGAUUAUGUCACUGAGAGCCUUUCUAUUUUGUAAAAUGUACAGGUGAGAAAUUCAACCCUAUUGGAGCCUUUUUUUAAAGGAUCCCUCAGUUUUAGAUCGAAUGCCACAGAAUUUUGUAUAAUAAUCUUGGCAUCAAGUUACAUUAUAAAAACUUCAUUUGUCGAGACAUAAUUUAACCAAGUGACGUAUCUCUAUUUGCAAUGUGUGGCAUAUUAUCACAAGGUGGCGCUAUUAACAUUUAAGCUUAUACUCAACUGAAGCUUGAGGUAUAUAAAGAAAAUGUUAAAAUGGAUUUAACUCCAAGACGAAGUGAUCCUAAUUAUGAUCCAUACAUUAAUUGAUUUCUACCCCUCUCGUGUUUUAAUUUUGUGAUAUGUCAGUGUAAAGUUCCAACAUUUCAUUAGGUGACGAAGAAAGCUCAUGAAAUUGCCGUAGGUCUAUAUGUUGUGUAUUACCCUUGUUAAAAUAUUUAUCAAUAAUAUUCGCAAUGUACAAUGUAAAGUAAAAAUGUGCUCCAGAGAAAUGCAAACACGAGAAAAAACUCAUGUUAUGAUUUUACCUUCCAGUCAUGUUUGUUCAAUUUAUCGUUUACAAUUAGUGUCGGUAUCUUUAUUCUGUUUUCAUCUUGAGCCAUUGCGUUAUUAAGCAGCUACUGCAAUUUGUACGAAACCGAGUGACAACGGAAAAUUCGAUUUGAUGCAUUUCAAGUGCUAAUACUGACAAAUAUAACUUUACAGAUCAUGUACUGGUUUUUCUGCUAAUGCUGUUGUCAUUUCCUUUAAGAACGGUACGUGCAUUUAGUAAUAUUGUUUAAUGUUUUUGAUCAUUUAAAUAUACUCCAAAGUAUUUUGUACGGAUGAUGUUAGUUUUUAUCGUGCUUCAUGCUAUUUUUGUCUAAAAAAAUGUGCAAAUGAAGUUGAACCUUGAACAAAGAUAAAAAAUAAAAAUCAUGAAAGUUUUAAGAA